AUGCCCCUGAUACGCGCAAAUGCUCUCCGGAGCAUCCUACGACAGAGCGCUGCGCGGGCGACCUCACGAGCAGCCGGCUCGGCGCGGACAACGCUCGUUGCCCGGCGCUUUGCCAGCAGCGGAGGCCACGCCGGCGGUCAUGGCGAGCCGAGCUCUGACCUUCCUUGGUGAGUAUUCUCGGGAGAAUUGUCAAGAAAAGGUCAACAUUGACGACGGAAUUCAUCAGGCUCCUUGGAGCUCUAACGGUCACUCCGAUAGCUUGCUGGUACCUGUGGCCUGACACUGCUCACGCCGAGCACCACGACGACCACGGACAUGAUGAGCAUGCGGAGGAGGGCGGAGAGACAGAGGAGGGCGGUGAAGCGGAGGAGGCCGGAGAAGCGGAAGAGGGCGGAGAAGAGGAGAAGCCUAGCGAAGAUGCGCAAUCGAACGAAGAUGAGGCUGCACAAGAGGCAUCGGCACCAGGCGAACAAGCUGGCGAGGAGGGUGCCCCGGAGAAGGGCGCAGAGGCUGGCGAGGGCACUGAUGAGAGCAAGGAGGGCGGUGACGACGGAGAGGACGCCAAGAAGGGCGAGCAGCCGGCUAAGCCAUCUGGCUCUCAGGGCGAAGCUCAGCCCAAUCCCGCUCGCAGCGAAGCACAGGGUACGACCGAGCAGAAGCCAGGGAGCGCUGAGAAGGACAGCGACAUUGAGGGCGUUCAGUUCAAGGGCAAGAUGGCUGAGGGUAGCGCUGGUCUUGCCGAUGAGCGCAAGAGCGAGCCUGUGCCAUCGAAGGGCUCCCGCACGAAGCGUAUCGACUCGGGGCUGGGUAAGAAGCUUGGCCAGGGCGAGACUUAUACUGAGGAUGGCCAGGAUGCGGUGAGUACACAUAGAGGUCUGAUCAUUGGCUGAGUCUAACGAUGGUCUAGCAAGCCGCGAGCAAGGACGUCAGUUCCAGCCAGGGCGACAUUUCCAACAAGCAGAAAGGCAUCUCGACCACCGACGCCAAGCACUCUCACCAGAUCGACCAGGACCCGGAGAAGUCCAAGAAGGGUUCGGGAGGGCCAGAGACCGCCAAAGCAAAGGGUACCAUUGAUCCCCGCGCUCCUGUCCGGUGA